AUGGCAACCCAAGGGGAUGAGGAACAACUUGCUGCGAACCAUCCAUCCGUCGCGGAUAACAAUGUUCCUGAGCAGGCUGUUGCAGGUUUUCAAAGCAGGCGUCGGCGCUUGAUGGUUGGUAUAUUUGCCGAUACUUAUCUUCUGGAUGAUGGAAAAACUGUCAGCAAGGUACCUCGCAGUGAAAGUGAUGAGCACUUGCAGCCUAUACUCCGCGAAGCUAUGAUCUAUGACAUUAUCGGAGCCCAUCCACGAAUCGCUGAGUGCUUGUCACGAGGCAGCGAUGAUGUUAAAUGUGUCAAUAUUCGAUAUUAUCCGCACGGCGAUCUUGUUAGUUAUUGCCAAAAACAUGGCACAACUCCUGCGCUUCGUUCAAAAUGGUUCCAGCAGAUACUGGAAUCCAUUGUCGUCAUUCACUCUUUCAAUGUCAUUCACUCGGACUUGGCGUUGCGUCAAUUUUUUGUUGAUGACAACCUCGAUAUACGCUUGGAUGACUUCAACUCCUCUCAAUGCCCUGGAUAUCCAGCAUUGGGGUACGAAAAGGCAUCACAUUGCCUACCUCGUGAUUACGAACUUCCAAAUACGGAGGCUUCCGAUAUUUUUGCUUUGGGCUCUACUCUUUAUGAACUAGUCGUUGGCAGAGCUCCUUACUACGAACUGAAUCCGGCUGAACACAAUGAUGCUGAUUCUAUGAUAGCACAUAUUCGGCGGCAACACGCGGUGAUUGAUCCUGAGAUUGAAGAGCGGUACAAGAAGCUGCAAUUUCCGGAUGUUGGAGAUGUUCAGCAUGGAGAUAUCAUAUUAGGAUGCUGGAAAGGGCAAUUUGCCUCGGCAAAAGAAGUGCUUGAUAUGUAUUUAAAACUGUAA